UAGUUUUUGUCCACUUGUAGGCCAAUUUUCCAUUUUCAUUGUGCACAAAACGGAAAGGGAAGAAACCAUCUGGAAAUAUAGUUGUUGUUGCAGGUUAGAGUCUGAGCGCUUAAUUAUUAGAUAUGAAUCUCACGGCCAUCACCUCUUCUUCUUCUUCAAGAGCUAAUCCCAUGCUUUUCUCGAAUGCUGGUGGAAAACUUGUGCCAAAAUUUUGUUUAAAUAAAAACUAUGGAUCAAUACUCAUGCAUCAUCAAUCCUGGGAGUUUUCAUGGGUCAAGAGAAAUCUUGUUUUUGCAGCUCCAAAGUCCAUCUCAAAAAAAGGUGUGAAGAGAGGUGUGGAAUUCAAAGUGAGGGCAUUUAGUCCAGAACAAGAAGCUUUGGUUGUCAAAUCAUGGAAUUCCAUGAAGAAAAAUGCUGGUGAACUUGGUCUCAAAUUCUUCUUGAGGAUUUUUGAGAUUGCGCCUUCUGCUAAGAAGCUGUUCACCUUUCUGACGGAUUCAGAUAUCCCUCUAGAGCAAAACCCCAAACUCAAACCCCAUGCCAUGACCGUGUUUGUUAUGACCUGUGAAUCAGCUAUCCAACUCCGAAAGACGGGAAAAGUUGCAGUGGGAGAAUCCAAUCUGAAAGAUUUAGGUGCCACCCAUUUCAAAUAUGGUGUCGUGGAUGAACAUUUUGAGGUUACAAAAUACGCAUUGUUGGAGACCAUAAAGGAAGCAGUACCAGAAUUGUGGUCUCCAGAAAUGAAGAAUGCUUGGGGAGAAGCCUACGAUCAGCUGGCUGCUGCUAUUAAAAGUGAAAUGAAUCCUCUUUAAGUUUGUUUUCAUAUAAUAUUUUGUAUGAUUUUGUUCUACUUCUAUCUUUACCCAAAUAAACCACUUUCACUAU